AUGGGGGCAAUAGCAAAGAACUUGAAAGAACUAAGUGGCGAGAAUGACUGGGAAGGUCUAUUGGAUCCUCUCAACAUCAAUCUUCGCCAGUAUAUAAUUCACUACGGCGAAAGGGUUCAAGCUGUUUAUGACUCCUUCAAUUACGAUAAGACUUCUGGGUCGUAUGGAUUUCCUCUAUACGCCCCGAAAGAUAUCUUCUCUAACGUUGGCCUAGAGAAAGGAAAUUCUUACCACUACACGGUGACCAACUAUAUCUAUGCAAUGAUAGAUAUUGAUUCAAAUUUUGAUGGGAUUGUCAAGGGCCAAUCUACUUGGAUUGGUUACGUGGCUGUGGCCACAGACGAAGGAAAGGCUACGUUAGGAAGAAGAGACAUUUUGAUUUCUUGGAGAGGAACUCUGUUGGCAAAGGAAUGGUUAAAAGAUAUUGAUUGGCCUCUAACUUCAGAUUCAAACAUACUUGGGGGCACUUAUGAUCCUCAGCCUCAGGUGCACAAGGGAUUUCACUCGCUUUACACAUCAUGUGACACCAAAUCUGAAUACAAUAAAUUCAGUGCAAGCGAACAGGUUCUGAGUUCAGUAAAGAAACUAGUUGAUAAAUACAAAGACGAGGAAAUCAGCAUUACAAUAACUGGACAUAGCUUGGGUUCAGCGCUUGCCACAUUGAAUGCAGCUGAAAUAGUUUCGAAAGGAUAUAAUAAGCCCACAGGAUCGGAUAAAGCAUGCAUAGUGACAGCUUUCGUGUUUGCGAGCCCUAAGGUUGGAGACAAAGCCUUCAAGACUGCAUUCAAUGGACUUGAAAAUCUUCAUCUCUUGCGCAUCAGAAAUAUCGACGACAUAGUUCCAACGUUGCCUACUAAAUUUCCUUUCUUCCUCUACUUUGAAGUGGGAAAAGAGUUAACAAUUGACACUACCAAGUCCACAUACGUGAAUGUUGAUAAGGCUAAGCUAAUAGAAGUUUUGCAUAACUUGGAGAAUUAUCUCCAUGGAGUUGCAGGACAACUGACGAGAGUGAGCGAAUUUGGAGUACCACCUGAAUGGUGGCAUCCUAUAAUGAACAAAAGAAUGGUUCAACAGGACAAUGGAUUUUGGAAGUUGGAAUAUUAUGUGCCGGAGCAACCCAGGGCCUAA